GUUACAGAAUGUGGGGGGAGGGCUUCUCUAAUGUUGUGGUCUCUUUAAUUUCAGAAUUCUACCCCAUACCCACACUCCUGGCAAAGCCUGGUCCUGUGGUGCUUCCUGGGAAGAAUGUGACCUUGCACUGCCAAGGGGCCUUCCAGGGCAUGAGGUUUGCCCUCUUGCAUGAGGGAACCCAAGAUCCCUUACUGUUUCAGAGUGGCUCAGGGAACUCAGCUGACUUCCUCCUCCACACUGUUGGAGCAGAGGACUCGGGAAACUACAGCUGUGUCUACUAUGAGACGACCAUGUCAAACAGAGGAUCACAUCUCAGCAUGCCAAUUAUGAUCUGGGUGACUGACACAUUCCCCAAGCCCUGGUUAUUUGCUGAACCCAGUUCUAUAGUUCCUAUGGGCCAGAAUGUUACUCUCUGGUGCCAAGGGCCAGUCCAUGGAGUACGGUACAUUCUGCACAAGGAAGGAGAAGCCACUUCAGUGCAGUUCUGGGGAUCCACUAGUGAUGAUGGAGCAUUCCCCAUCACUAAUAUAUCUGGUGCUAGCAUAGGGCGUUACCGCUGCUGCUACCACCCUGACUGGGCCAGCCCUAUCAAAAUACAACCUAGCAACACACUGGAACUCAUAAUCACAGGCUUACUCCCCAAACCCAACCUAUUAGUCCAACCUGGUCCCAUGGUGGCUCCUGGAGAAAACAUGACUCUGGAAUGCCAAGGGGAGCUGCCAGACUCAACAUUUGUCCUGUUGAAGGAGGGGACUCAAGUGCCUUUAGAGCAACAGAGGCCAAGCGGGUACAGGGCUGACUUCUGGAUGCAAACAGUGAGAGGUGAAGAUUCUGGGAUCUAUAGCUGUGUUUAUUAUUUGGAUUCUGCUCCCUUUGCAGCUUCCAAUCACAGUGACCCUUUGGAGAUCUGGGUGACUGAUAAACCCCCUAAACCCUCUCUGUCAGCCUGGCCCAGCACCGUGUUCAAGCUAGGGAAGGACAUCACCCUUCAGUGCAGAGGACCCCGGCCAGGUGUGGAAUUUGUCCUGGAACAUAAUGGAGAAGAAGCACCCCAGCAAUUCUCAGAGGAUGGAGACUUUGUUAUCAAUAACGUAGAAGGGAAAGGCAUAGGAAACUACAGCUGCAGCUACCGCCUCCAGGCCUACCCUGAUAUCUGGUCAGAGCGUAGUGAUACCCUGGAGCUGGUGGGAGCAGCAGGGCCUGCUGCUCAGGAGUGUACUAUGGGUAAUAUCGUCCGCAGUAGCCUGAUUGUGGUGGUUGUUGUAGCUUUAGGGGUGGUGUUAGCCAUAGAAUGGAAGAAGUGGCCCCGACUCCGAACCAGGGACUCAGACUCAGAUGGAAGAGACCAGACGAUAGCCCUUGAAGAGUGUAACCAAGAAGGAGACCUAGGAACCACCACCAACUCUCCCUCAUCAAUCUCUCAGGGAACCUCAGUGGAACUGCCAGUCCCAAUUUAAUUAUCUCCUCAUUCAUAAGAACUUACCUUUCCUCUCUUUUUUACCCUCAGAGACCUGCAAAUCCAGCUAGUUACCCUAAGAGUCAGCCCCGUCUAUUGCUCCUUGACCUCUAAUCACCUGAUCUGAGUCAAGAGGAUUCUGGGAGUUGAGGGCUCUACCAGGGUGAGAUAUUUCCUGAAGAAAGGUUCCCUUCCCUUAUAACCCCUCACUUUAUUGAUACACUGGUGCAUGAAAUUCUGUUAAAAAUGUAUUCUUCUGAAUAAAGAGAUUAUUCACUA